CUAAAACACAUGACUUCAUGAAAUAUAACAUCAAUUUGACAAUGUUGUCAAACAAUAUUCUUCUAGUUUUUCAUAUUUUGUCUAUAUUAUCACAACUGUAUCUUGUAAUUGGUGAUAGUUAUAGAUUGCCUAGUUGCAUAAUUCCCAAACAUUAUAAUCUCAAAAUUUUGACCAGCGUUGAGGAUGAGAUAGCUUACACAGGAACACUGGAAAUUGUUGUACAGUGUAUAAAUUCUAGUGAAAAACUAUCACUUCACAGAGAUAGCAGUAUCAAAUUGAACAGAAUUGAAUUAAACGAGAUAGAAACACCUCAAAAUUAUGAACCAGGAAAUAAAGUUAUUCUAGAAAAUAUUUUAUACAGUAAUAAGAUGCAAUUUUUGACAAUAACCACUUCAGAGAAUCUCAAAGAAAAUCAACAUUACCUCAUAUUACUUGAUUUCGAAGGAAACUUAUCUGAGAUUCACUCAGGAAUAUUCAGGGGAAAUCACUCAACUUCAUCUGGUACAAGUUAUUACGCUAUCACAAUUUUUGAGCCAAUGGGAGCGAGAAGAGCUUUUCCAUGUUUUGAUGAACCUGGAAUGACAGCAACUUUCCAACUAACCAUAGGAAGGAAAGAGAAAUUUAAAUCAAUAAGCAACAUGCAGCUGGUUCAAUCUGAUGCUGUUGAAGGAAAAGAGGGCUGGUACUGGGAUCAUUUUAUGAACUCAUUUCUGAUGUCAACGUAUCAGGUCUGUUUCAUGAUAUAUGAUACAGAAUUCACUUUGAUGGAAAAACAAGUAAAUCAGGUUAAGAUUCUCACCAGACAAGAAAUGCGAACCCAAUUGAACCUGAUUACGAAAACAAGUCCCAAGUUGCUGGUCUAUUUGCAGAAGUAUUUUCAAGUACCUUUUCCAUUCCCAAAACUGGACAUUAUAACUUUGCCUCAUUCUAUUGGUAAUAAAGAUUCGAUGUCUACACCUGGUUUGCUAAUCAUUAAUGAACAACUGUUAUUUUAUGAACCCUUCAGUAUGAAACAAGAUACAAUCCAGGAAAUCCUUCAUGAUGUAGCGGAAAAAAUGGCAUAUCAAUGGUUUUCCGUGAUAGCUGUAGACUGGUGGUCAGAUGUUUGGUUUGAAAAUAGCCUGGCAAGCAUCAAUGCUCAUAAUGCCCUAAGUGAAAUGUCUGGCGAUACUUUAAUCGAAGAAGAUAUAGCGGAUGCUAUUUUGUCAUUCUUUCACCUAUUAGGAGGUCUACCGCUUCCAGAAGCAAUAUUUGGUGAUUCUACUUCCGUUACAGCUGCCAUUUAUUCAAUCGAUUACAGAAAAUGCGAUUUGCUUUUACGUAUGGCACAUUCUAUAGUAAAAAAAGAAAUCAAUAUCAGAGAUCUAUCCACUAAUUUUAUAAAACAAAAUUCGUAUCAGAAAGUCCAUUUGAAUGAUUUCUGGAAAAUGUUAGAAAGUUAUGCUCCGAAACCUUUAUUCGCCGAAGAAGCACCUUUGAGCAUUGUUAUGGCAAGUUGGGCUAAUCAAGUUGGCUUUCCAGUAGUGGAAGUAAUAAGAAAUUAUGAAUCGAACACUGCAGUCUUGAAACAACGAGCAUAUACUUGGACGGAUGAAUACCAACGCCAUUGUUGGUGGAUUCCUAUUAAUUACGUCACUAAAAGUAAUCGAAAGAAUCCUGAUAUAAGGGGUUGGUUGAAAUGCCCCAACGAAAUUGUUGAAAUAGGACCUCUUUCACCAUCUGACUGGAUCCUUCUCAAUCCAAACGUUGAUUGGUUAUAUAAAGUUGAAUACGAUGUUGAAAACUGGAUGCUUUUAUAUUCAACUCUUAAAGAUCCCUCGUUAUAUACAAUAGUACCAUCUCUAAAUAGAAUGCAAUUAGUGAAUGAUGUAUUCGAUUCUACUGCAAGGGGUAAUUUGACUAUUAAGUUUUUAUUACAAUUCAUGGAAUUUUUAAAACAUGAUGAUAGUUAUGCAGUUUGGUCAGCCUGUUAUGAAAAUAUGGUCAUAUUGAAAUGGAGACUACAAUAUGAACAAGAAGCAUUAAGUCUAUUGAAUUUAUAUAUGCAGAAUAUAUUAAGACCUCAUUUCAUUACUAGGAAAUCUGAUGCUAGAAAAUCCAGCUCAAAGAAUGUUUCUUUUGAUGUCCUUAUCACUAGUGCUUCAUGCUUUUUCGACUUUCGAAAUUGUGUGAGGGAAGUGAAAAAUGCAUUCAAGAAAUUUCGAGAAAUGAAACAACCAUUCCACAUAGCACCUCCAUUUUCAAUUGAUCAGAGGGAUAUUAUUUUCUGUUAUGCAAUCAAAUACGGCAACAUCGAUGAUUUUGAAUUUCUUCUGAGGGCUUUUGAUAAAUCUAUGAAUAUUUUUGAAAGGGAGGACAUGUUGAGGGGAUUAUACUGCACACAAAAUGCAUCUCUACUUCGAAAACUUCCUACUAGUAGACGACUCAAACGGCACUCCGAAAAUAUGUUUAAAAAAAAAAGAAUAUUCAGAAAUGUUGAAAAUUUUACAUCGAAUACAUUCGAUGAGGUGAAACAUACCAGUGGUGUUAAUAGAGAUGCAACUAGUGUAAUAAAAGUACUGAAGAGAAAUGAAGAAUCUGCAAAUUUAUCAGCUGAGCAUUCUACAACUACAAUGGAAACAAGUUCUGAAUACACUGAAAAUGCGAUUACCCUGGGAGAUACAAUGGAGUCAACUCUCGAAGAUACGACAACAGAUAUGGAAAAUACGUCAGUUCAAUCUACUACUAGUAGUUCAGAAGGAUCUGCAGAUGAGGGUCAGGGUAGAGGAGAUACGGACAGUCCAAGUUUUGAUUUUAUAAUUCGACAUAGUACGUUCGAUAUUGUCUCAGAUUUCUUUUACAAAAAGAUCAAAACCAUCAGCCAGUUAGAGGCCCUUCAUUAUAUAAGGCUCUUCUCCGAAAGAAUAAUAACCGAUAAGGAUAUAGAUCAUUUCGAGAAAUUCUUCGAAGAAAAUAAAGAGAAUUUCAAAGAUUUGCAGGAUCAUAUAAAAAUAAGAAUUCACUAUAUCACUCAACAGUUGAAAUGGCUGAAAAAAGAAAGAAGGAAUGUGGUUGAAGCUUUUAGGAAAGAGAUGAUGAUUAUUCCGGAGAGGAAAUCUGCUGCUUCAAGAAGGUGUAUAAAGUAUUCAUUGAAAUUAAUGAGUAUAAUUUGUAUUUUGCGUGUCUUCAUUCUCCGAAAUUGUUUUUAUUGAAAUUUUUAUUCCAUUUGGCACCUAAUAAUUCCAAGCAUUCUUAUACAAUUUUCAGUCAAGCCUUAAAUGAUUGUCAUAGCUUCAAAUCAGCUGAAUUGUCGAAGAAUAUAAUUUCUUUAAAAACAUUUCUUAACAGUGUCUAAACUUAUUAUGUUAGAAGUUUUGUAUAUAUGUGCUAAAAUUUGGACUUUUUCGGGAAAUAAAUUAUGUGCCCCUUCCUGAA